AAAGCCCGAGCGCUUGCUCUGGCAUUUCUUCAUUGCAGAGUGUGUGAGCCAAGGAAGGCAAGGAAAGUUGCUUUCUCUUGGUUCAAAAAUUGUCGGAGAUCGAUCGGGCGGAUUCUGCGCUUUUUCCGGUGCUCGCCCAUGUUCCAGUGAGUCAAGACGAGUCGAGUCGAGUCGAUCGAGGGUCGGAGGUUGGGGUCAUUCUUGGGAGAGCGGAGGAGGAGGAGGAGGCAGUGGAGUCGAGCCGAAGAGGCCGAGGCGACAGAGUGCCGGAGAUUUGUGGUGUAGUGAUCGAUUGGGGUCUAUUGGUGACAGAUUUAGAGGGUUUCACGAGCGAUUAGAGUGAAUCUGGGGUUUGAGGUGGCCAAGUCGAGGAGAUUUGACAGGCUGGAUCGAGGACGUAGUCUUGGAUCCCAGUCGAUUUUGUUCUGCUUUCUUUCAGCAUUGUCGUAGAUCUGGUUGAGGAGUUGAGCUUCGGAGCCGUUAGUGCAUACCCCACUGCCUGCUGCUGUCCGGGUGGCCCGAGUUGCCUGACAUCUCGUGGGCAGCCAGUGGUCGUCUGUCGAGGGCAUGGCCGCAGCAGCUUAAGUGAUCAAGGGCCCAAGAGGCGAUACAUUCGAUUUUGCUCCCGUAGAACGUGUAGUUUUGGUCGAUUCGCCUUACAGAGCCACGAUGAAGUCGGGAGAUGGACUCAAGACUUAUGGAGUGCAAUCUCCUCCGAAUGGGGGCCACAGACACUCCAAAAGGCAAAGGGAGGGCAAGCCUUUGGCCUCGGAUGCGCUUCCUCUUCCCGUCGGCUUGACGAACAAAAUUUUCAUGGUCCUGUUCUUCUCUGCGUCCUAUUACUUAAUGCGUCGCUGGAGGGAGAAAAUCAGGACUUCCACUCCUCUUCAUAUGCUCAAUCUUGGAGAAAUUGCGGCUAUCAUUGCUCAGCUGGCCUCAUUCAUCUAUUUGAUUGGUUUCUUCGGUAUCGAUUAUGUGCAAACUUUUAUAAACAAAUCCAUUGAUGGUUCCUGGGAUUCCGAAGAUUACAGGGUGGCAGGAGUGAAUUGCCAGGCUCAACCCGAGAGCUGCACUCCCAGCAUUUCUCGCUCCCCUGCUCUGCUGAAGGGCAAGUCCCUGAAGGAGCAUGAGAAUGAGGACAUUGCAGAGGCAGUGAGAAAUGGUGAAACCCCAUCGUACUCCCUGGAGGCUGAGUUGGAAGAUUGCGAGCGAGCUGCCGGCGUCAGAAGAAGAGCUGUCGAACUCACCACUGGCAGAACUUUGGAUGGUCUGCCUUUGGAAGGAAUGGAUUACUCCAAGAUUCUGGGACAAUGCUGCGAGAUGGUUAUCGGCCACGUUCAAAUUCCAGUUGGGGUUGCCGGCCCUCUGUUGCUUGACGGAUUUGAAUACACAGUUCCUAUGGCUACCACUGAAGGUUGUCUAGUCGCCAGUACCAACAGGGGAUGCAAAGCCAUCGCGCAAUCAGGCGGCGCUUCAAGCGUCGUUCUCAGAGAUGGCAUGACCAGAGCUCCCGUCGUUCGUUUUGAAAGCGCCAAGCGUGCCGCAGCACUCAAGUUCUUCGUCGAAGAUGCCAACAAUUUUGAUACUCUCUCAGUGGUCUUCAACAGGACCAGUAGGUUCGCACGGUUGCAGGAUGUGUACUGUGUUCUUGCCGGGCGAAAUGUGUACCUGCGGUUCAGUGCUUCGACUGGUGACGCCAUGGGAAUGAACAUGAUUUCGAAGGGUGUGCAAAAUGUGUUGAACUACUUGCAGAGCGUGUUCCCGGACAUGGAGCCCAUUAGCAUAUCUGGUAAUUUCUGCUCCGACAAGAAGGCUACUGCAGUGAACUGGAUUGAGGGUCGUGGGAAGUCUGUGGUAUGUGAAGCGGUCCUCAAAGAGGAGGUUGUUCGGAAAGUUCUGAAAACGUCAGUGCCUGCCCUUGUGGAGUUGAACACGAUUAAGAAUCUCGCGGGUUCUGCUCUAGCUGGUGCUCUUGGAGGGUUCAAUGCACACGCGGCGAAUAUUGUAUCCGCAGUAUACAUAGCCACAGGUCAAGAUCCCGCACAAAAUGUCGAGAGCUCGCAGUGCCUGACAAUGAUGGAGGCCGUGAAUGGAGGACGGGAUCUUCACAUUUCUGUCACAAUGCCAUCUAUCGAGGUCGGAACAAUUGGAGGAGGUACUCAGUUGCCAUCUCAGGCAGCAUGUUUGAAUCUCCUUGGAGUGCGGGGUGCCAACGCAGAAAUGCCUGGAGCAAAUGCCGAGCAACUUGCCAGAAUCGUCGCUGGUUCAGUUUUGGCGGGAGAGAUUUCAUUGAUGUCGGCCUUGGCAUCGAAUACGCUUGUGAAGAGCCACUUGAAAUACAACCGCUCCAGUCAAAACGUCGGUGCCUUGAGUUCGAUGGGUUCCAGCCAAAAUAUCUCCUCGUUGGCUGCGAGCCAAUCCAACCAGAAUAUCGCUGCUCUGACGGCAAGUUUGUCCAGCCAGAACAUCAGUGCCAUGCAGACUCCUCCUCUUCCUCCUUCUCUAGCGACGAAUUUCAGGCACCGACGAACUGGCAGUGCUUCCCCUGCAGAGGUGGAGAAAUCCCCCAAAGUUGAGUAGCUUCUGCACUAGACGAACAUUCUUUGGGCCUGUGAUCAUUCAACGGAACUUUGGUAUGCUCUAAACAUAGUAGCAGUAGUAAACUUCUCGAGUAGAGCCUCCUGACCAUCAACCUCCUUUAUUCAGUGACAUCCAGUCGCAACGUGUAUGUAAAUCGAACUCUAAACACUUAGGUAGUUCGUAAAGAAGUCCUAAUGAUCACUCUGGAUCAGUUGAGACAGUAGCUGAAUUCGUCUGACCUUGUUGCAAGAGUGUCAUACUGGACAGUCUUUCACCAUGCCCCGAUUCUUUCCGCGCCACGUAUAUGUUCGCUACUGAGUCGCGCUCUCGACGACGAGCUUGUCCUUUCUGCACUCGGGGGCCCCUGGUGGCUCUCAUGUUUCUCUCAAUUUUCUUGUUGCUGCGUCCGGCGAUUCAGCGUUAAUUUUCGUCCCUGCCAUUAAUACAUAGUUUUUCCGUGUUUUAUUGAGUAUCCUUUCUUCCCGGUCUGUGGGACAGCACCCUGCUUUCUCCCAUUGUAAAAUAAGGAUCAAGAGGUGUGAUUGGGGCAGUACAAGUCACCAGUAAAAUUAGGCAGGUCUGAUGGGAUGUGAUCGUUGUACUAUAAAUCUCUUUCAUACUAAUUUUGCGUUUCUAGAUUAAAAGAGACUGUCUAGUUACGAAAUUCCGUGAAGCUCGUUCUUAUCUAGACUGUCACGUAGUCUGCGCUGCUUUGGUGGGUAAUAAGCACCUACUUUGUAAGACAACAUAUUGAAACACUCUGUUGUUGACGCGCUUGCUUGUUAAAUAACACUCAAAGCAGCCGGGAUCAUUUUCCUGCUUCC